AACUCAGGCAAGAAGCUUUGCAAGCAGUACAGGGUUACCAACGAGUUUGAGCAGCGAUGUAGUAACGAAUUUAAGAUUAAAAGCAACUUUGUGGCUAUUCUUCCAAGCAAGAAUUUGGAAUUGAAUGUCUCAAGUCUUUUUGUGAUUGCUGAAGACAUCGGAUGUAAACACCUUGACUCCAACAUGGAGAAGCUAGAGAGAAUUCAUCCAAACAGGCAAGUGUUGACCUUUAUUUUAAUGGUGUUAUUUUCUCAGGUUCUCCCUGAGUCCAUUCGUUAUUCUGUGCCAGAGGAAACAGAGAGUGGCACCUUUGUAGCCCAACUGAUCAAGGAUCUAGGCCUGCAAACUGGGGAACUGGCCGCCCGGUCGGCCCGGGUGGUGUGUGACGAUGACAAGCAGCCUUUGCAGCUGGAUCGUCAGACAGGAGAUUUGUUUCUGAAGGAGAAACUAGACCGGGAAGAGCUAUGUGGUCCUACUGAACCGUGCGUACUGCAUUUCCAAGUGCUCCUGGAAAUGCCAGUACAGUUUUUUCAAGGAGAAUUAGUAAUCCAGGACAUAAAUGACCACUCUCCAGUAUUCUCUGACAAGGAAGUGCUCUUGAAAGUACCGGAAAACAGCCAGCCAGGGACUCUAUUUCCGUUGAUAUUAGCUCAAGAUUUAGAUGUGGGUAAUAAUGGUCUUCAAAAGUACACAAUCAGCCCCAAUUCUCAUUUUCACAUUGUCACUCGAGACAAUAGCGAGGGCAAGAAAUACCCAGAUUUGGUGCAGGACAAAGCAUUGGACCGAGAGGAGCAGGCUGAGUUCAGCUUAACCCUUAUGGCACUGGAUGGUGGGUCACCACCAAGGUCUGGCACCGUCAUGGUUCAAGUCCUGAUCAUGGAUGUCAAUGACAAUGCUCCUGAGUUUGUGGACACCCCAUAUGAGGUGCAUGUCCUGGAAAACAGCCCCCUAAACUCCGCAGUUCUUAGUGUCACAGCUAGGGACGUAGAUGCUGGGAACUUUGGGAGUGUUUCCUAUGGCUUGUUCCAAGCAUCAGAUGAAAUUAAACAAACUUUCUCAAUAAAUGAAGUUACAGGAGAAAUCCUACUGAAAAAGAAACUGGAUUUUGAAAAAAUUAAAUCUUACCAUGUGGAAAUUGAGGCCACAGAUGGAGGAGGUCUUUCUGGGAAAGGCACAGUAGUCAUAGAGGUGGUGGAUGUGAAUGAUAACGCCCCCGAACUUAGCAUAUCUUCACUCACUAGCUCCAUCCCAGAAAAUGCUCCCGAGACAGUAGUCUCUAUCUUCCGAAUUCGAGAUAGAGAUUCCGGAGACAAUGGGAAGAUGAUUUGCUCUAUUCCAGAUAAUUUGCCAUUCCUUCUAAAGCCAAUUUUCAAGAAUUUCUAUACACUGGUAACAGAAAGACCUCUGGAUAGAGAGAAAAGAGCUGAGUACAAUAUUACCAUCACCGUCAGCGACUUGGGAACACCCAGGCUGACAACAGAGCACAGCAUAACCGUGAUGGUAUCAGAUGUCAAUGACAACGCCCCCGCCUUCACCCAAACCACCUAUACCCUGUUCGUCGGCGAAAACAACAGCCCCGCCCUGCACAUAGGCACCAUCAGCGCCACAGACAGGGACUCAGGCACCAACGCCCAGGUCACCUACUCCCUGCUGCCACCUCAGGACCCGCACCUGCCCCUCGCCUCCCUGGUCUCCAUCAACUCAGACAACGGACACCUGUUCGCCCUGAGGGCGCUGGACUUCGAGGCCCUGCAGGCGUUCGAGUUCCGCGUGGGCGCCACAGACCGAGGCUCCCCCGCGCUGAGCAGCGAGGCGCUGGUGCGCGUGGUGGUGGUGGACGCCAACGACAACUCGCCCUUCGUGCUGUACCCGCUGCAGAACGGCUCUGCGCCCUGCACCGAGCUGGUGCCCAGGGCGGCCGAGGCCGGCUACUUGGUGACCAAGGUGGUAGCGGUGGAUGGCGACUCUGGCCAGAACGCUUGGCUGUCGUACCAGCUGCUCAAGGCCACCGAGCCUGGGCUGUUCAGCGUGUGGGCGCACAAUGGCGAGGUGCGCACCGCCAGGCUGCUGAGCGAGCGCGACGCGGCCAAGCACAGGCUGCUGGUGCUGGUGAAGGACAAUGGCGAGCCUCCGCUGUCUGCCAGCGUCACGCUGCACGUGCUGCUGGUGGACGGCUUCUCCCAGCCCUACCUGCCGCUCCCGGAGGCGGCGGCGGAGCAGGCCCAGGCCGACUCGCUCACCGUCUACCUGGUCAUCGCCUUGGCCUCGGUGUCCUCGCUCUUCCUGUUCUCGGUGCUGCUGUUCGUGGCGGUGAGGCUGUGCAGGACGGACAGGGCUGCGUCUGCGGGUCGCUGCUCGGUGCCUGAGGGCCACUUUCCGGACCACCUGGUGGACGUCAGCGGUACUGGGACACUGUCCCAGAGCUACCAGUAUGAGGUGUGUCUGACUGGAGACUCUGGGACUGGUGAGUUCAAAUUCCUGAAGCCAAUAUUCCCUAACCUCUUGGUUCAGGACACUGGGAAAGAAGUUAAGCGCAGGAAUAGCUUUGUAUUCAGUUAAGUGUUGUAUGUAAUUCAGUUUACGUCUUACUAUUUUUGUCAAAUUUCUCAUGGCAAUGCCUUUUCUUUAAGAAUUGUAUUAUCAUGUAAAUAUUCAUACAACUAUUCGAAAGAUAUGCAUGCUCCAGAUAGUAUUAAAUGUUCCCUUUUUAUUGCUUAGCAUUUUAAAUUAUUCUGAAUAUUGAUCGAAUAUGUACUUUAAUAUUUGACCUCCUCUUGGUGAUUAAUCUUUCCAUAACUACAAAUUACUGAAUUAGUAUAAAUUUUUUUUAUUUUAAUGAACGUUUUAAUGUCUUCUUACUGAAAUGUUUAAAGCAUUUAUGAAAUCUUGAACCUGUCUUUACCAUAUACUUUAUUCUUCUUAGAAUACUUGUUUUUCCCAAAUUGCAUAUAAACAUACUCUUCAUUAAUAUACUGAUACACUAAAGUUGUGACCCAUUUUCUGUUGUGAAAACCAUAUAUGCUGGAGAUUAUUUUAUUAGAUCGAUACUUACCUAGCAUGUUCUGUUUCAUAAAUACUAAUAUUUUAAUUGUUUGAAAUUCUCAUUGAGACAUAAUUAUAGAGAAAACCUCACAUAAUUUGACAUACCUUUCACUAAAUAAAACUCUUAAAUCGCUGCUUGCUAUAUCCAUAAAAAAACCCUCAGAGCUAAAAUAAGCCCUAAAUUCCUCUGACAAAUUCAAGACCCUUGAGAGCAUUGGAGGUCUCCUUGUCCUUCCUUUUACUUUAUAAACAGAAGUCAAAGUUUAGUUUAAUGUGUUUAUUUUUAUUUUCCUACAGUUUCUCCCUAUCUUUCAAAAGAGUCAGAAAAUUUCUCAUGAAUCAUGACUAUUCUUUUUAAGUCUGAUUAUCAGGUGAUCUCAGAUUUUUCACUUCACUUUACUUUGCAAAUAUGGAAAGUCUUUACAAAAAGAAAUAAUGUUUUUGUGUGGGUUUUAUUGUCUUUUGUUUUUAAAUGUAACCUUCAAUUUUUUUGAGUUAAUUUAAUUUUUCAGUUAUACCAAAGUUGCAUUUGUAUGAAAUGAAUAUUACUUUGUUCCUGAA